UCUUCCACUCCUUCCAAUUACACCACAGACUCUUCCUUCACUCAGACACACUCACACAGUUCUAUUCGUGUUGACUGUCCAUAGUCCACGAAUACGACUCAGCUUAUCUUCACCCUCCCCACCACUUCUAUUGACCACCUUAGGCAGUAAAGCCUGUAGCAGCACAUUUGCCAAACAGCCACAUUCCAGCAGCCGAGCAGCUCCUGCUCAGACAUGUCGCUCCAUAGCUUUGGGCUGGAACCUCUCUCCUGCCACGCCUGGAAUAAAGAUAGGACCCAAAUUGCUGUAAGUCCCAACAACAACCUGGUGAACAUCUAUGAGAAGAAAGGCAAAGACUGGGUCAAGAUCCAUGAGCUGACGGAGCACAGUGGACGGAUCACAGGUAUUGAUUGGGCACCAGUGUCAAAUCGUAUUGUGACCUGUGCCUCUGACCGCAAUGCCUACGUCUGGACUCUGAAGGAUGGAGUGUGGAAGCCUACCCUAGUCCUGGUGCGCAUCAACCGGGCAGCCACCUGCGUAAAAUGGUCCCCUUUGGAGAACAAGUUUGCUCUGGGCAGUGGAGCUCGGCUGAUCUCUGUCUGCUACUUUGAAAAGGAAAAUGACUGGUGGUUGAGCAAGCACAUUAAGAAAGCCAUACGGUCCACAGUGCUUAGUCUGGACUGGCAUCCAAACAACAUCCUGUUGUCAGCUGGGUCUGCAGACCUUCACUGCAGGGUUUUCUCAGCUUACAUCAAGGACAUUGAGGACAAGCCUGGCCCCACAGCUUGGGGGGCCAAGAUGCCUUUUGGCGAGUGUCUGCUGGAGCAUAAGGAAUGUGGUGGCUGGGUGCACAGUGUGUCCUUUUCCCCUAGUGGUGACCAGCUGGCCUGGGUGGCACACAACAGCAGCAUCACUGUGGCUGAUGCAGCCCAGGGAAAGGAGGUAACUCAACUGACUACGGACCUUCUGCCAUUUCUGGGCGUUCUUUUUGUCAAUGCAACUGAGAUUGUUGCUGCGGGCCACAACUGUUGUCCUUACCAGUUCUCCUAUAAAGCUCCUAACACCCUGGAGUUUGUGAAGAAGCUGGAUAUCCCAAAGCAGACGUCAAAAGGAAGUCUGUCAGCCAUGCAACACUUUCGCAACCUGGACAAGAAAGCUACUGAAGAGGACGACAAUGAGUUACAAACUCUUCACCAGAACAGCAUCAUGCAGCUGUGUGUAGUUUCAGGAGAAAAAGCCAAGGUGGAAAAGUACAGCAGCGUAGGUCUGGAUGGAGCUAUGGUCAUCUGGGAUUUUAAGCACUGAAUCGAAACACCUCUGAGUAUUUCUGAAUCAGAUAUUUCCCUGCUAAGGCCCUCUGCAUGUUCUUUGCUUUUGCUUUGAGGAAAUGGAAAAACUGUAUUUUUUAAAGACAGCUGCUUUUUGUGUACUAAAAGACCAAUAAAUAAAGAUUUCUUAUUUUGUA